AUGGCCAUUACCUCUGCCAGCAACCUAUUGGAUCAGUCUUUCCAUGAGGACACGAUUUGCAAUACCACCAUGGCUGCUGAUGGUUAUACAGUCUCUGUCGCUGAAUCCAAGACAGUCCCCGAAGAGAGUGCAACUACCUAUAUUGUAUGGGAUGAAAUACCGGAAGAUGAUCAUGAACUUCGAUUUCAUUUUCAUACUAAGUAGUACUUGCUUAGUUAUACGAACAAUAUCAACCUGGAGACAAUCAAAACUUACCAAUGCAUUUGAUCCCUUGAUAAUUUCAUCCCAAAAAGCACAUUUGAACGAUCCUUUCCUUUAAGUGAAUCGUACAUUUCGUUAAAAAAUC